AUGAAACAGUGUGUCAUGCAUCUGGAUCGGGCGAAGUUCAAGCGCAAUUCUUGCAAGGUAGUGGCAAUUAUCUGUCUCGCGAUAGAGGAUUCGCAGAUUUUGCUGGUCCGGCUGGCGAGUAAAGCGCGUGAUGCAGGGUCGCGGCUGGAAGGACACUUCGGAAAGAAGAGCCUCGCAUUCAAACUCUUUCUUUGUCGAAGUUUCCUUACGGCCAAGAUGGAAGAAGGCAACGAUAUAUUGGAACAUUUCAAAAAAAUCAAGACACUGGCGGAGCAGCUGGACACAGUGGGCGAUCCGGUCAGUGAGAACGACUUGGCAGUUACGCUCCUCGUAAGCAUCAGCGAGUCUAACGGAUUCUUUAUCACAGAGUUGAAUUCAAGAGCCUACUCGCUGUCGUGGGAGCUCAUCACGUCUCGACUGCUGCAUGAAGAUCUCAAGCGCAAGGAAUAA